AUGGUAAAAGUUAAAUGUAACGAAGUCGAAUACUUAAUUCAAAAAGGAAAAAAACAUAAGUUGGAGGGCAAUCGUAUAUUUUCAGUGACCGCUGCGGUACCCGGUCCAUCGUUGGUGAACCGACCGCCGGUGUUGGUCAUCGCCAACGAUUCAACGCGUUUCGACGUGCGAAGGAAAUUGAUGAAUUCACCACCGUUGAUUCGCGAACAAGGUCCGUCAGCACCGUCAUCACCAACGUCACCUCGCCUUAGAAGACCGCUUCCACUGACCGAAGAUACUAUGCAUCGCAUUAAUUUGCUGAACUCCGGUUACGACUAUGGGAAGUUGAUGCCGAUGCCGCCAUACGCAACAUCGGAUCUUGGAUCGAGUCCGCGUUCAUCGAUAAGCGUUCCAUCUGCGAAUCUGGCACCGUGGACUACUUUCCGUGAUAAUCAUAAAAAUAGUUUCGACCUCGAUGACGGGGCAUCAGAUGUGUCUCGUAAGGAUUUGCUGUCACCAGGAAUGAUGUUCUCGCCGGCUCCGUUUUCACCGUUUUCUGAUUGUGAAGAUAACGAAACACCAUAUUCGGCGUACGCCCGAUCACCGAACUUAUCUCCUAAUCCAUUGACAAAAAGCUUCAAUCACUUCAGCUUCGAUCAAAUACGAAGCAGUAGUUCGAUGUCUGGUCGUCAUCUCAUGGUGCCCGAGUCGCAUUCGUUGGGUUCAGAAUCACGAGAACGAAGCCGAUCGGAUAGCGAUAUGUCGCCGAAAGACGAAAUUAUGGAUACUUCUAUACAGUCUACGAUUUCGGUACCAGUUACGACACUUAGACGACUCUCGUCAACUGGUCAGUACAAAAAACGUCUUCUACAGAAGUAUCAAGAAGAGCAAGAAGAGCGAUUAGCAUCAAAACAACGUAGUAGCAGCAGUCCACCUCAUAGUGCUACUGAAUCUGAAAUCGAUGACUCGGAUCUUCGUAGUGUCAGCAGACUGGCGUCACGGCAACCGACUAUAGAAGAACCGCCUCCAUCACCAACAAAUGACGGUGCUAUCAAUGAAAACCUGGAAAGUGCUAUGAGACGAGCAAUUGGAGAUCCUGAUCAAAUCCAGAUGUGGAUGGAACGACAAAUUGUCGCUUUGCAAGCAGUGAAUAUGUACAAUAAUGCAGUAAAUAAUAGACUCCUUCAGUUGCCGAACCCACAACUUCUCGCACCGCCCAAUGAUCACUUAUCACGGGGUCCAUUACUACGACAAAGCACAAUGGACGUUGACACGGGUCUUAGUGGUGCGGGACCGUUGAAAGCUACAACGUUAUGGCGACGGAGUCGUUCCGAAUCAGACGUCGGCCGUACUCUUACGAUCGGACCAUUCACGUGUACCAUAUGUGGCCAGGGAUUUGCACUUCAUGACCGAUUAGCAAAACACAUUGCGUCACGUCAUCGUGAUCGGUCUGCAUCAGCGAUCGCUGAUGGUGAUGGCGCGAAAUCGCACAAAUGCAACGUUUGUAACAAGAGCUUUGGACGAAGUGAUAUGCUAACGAGACAUAUGCGAUUGCACACUGGUCUUAAGCCGUACAGUUGCCAAUUAUGUGGACAGGUUUUCUCGCGUUCUGAUCACCUCAGUACUCAUCAGCGAACUCACACCGGCGAGAAACCGUACCAGUGUCCACUAUGCCAAUACGCGGCCAGUCGUCGCGAUAUGAUUACGCGUCAUCUACGAACCCACGUACGACCAGACGGUUCACCAGUAGACAUCUCGGUGCCGAUCGCUCAACUGUCAUUAACGCCAUCACUAUCUCCGCUACCACCAAAUUUCGGCCAACCAUCUCCACAACCAAGAAAUGAUGUUCGGCAUAUAGAAUCUGAUUGCUUACGAUGGCUUACUCAGCCUAUGGCGGUGUUACAGGCUCUUCCAGAGAUGGAUAUCGUUCAUGACAGCGUCAGCCAAUCACAGUUAGUAGGCAUUUACAGUGAUGACCAGUAG